AUGUUCGCCCUGCUCUUCGGGGUGGUGUGGUCUAUAACAGGAAGUGAGUGUUUACCUGGAGGAAACCUCUUUGGACUCGUGGUUCUGUUCCUCUGCUCGGUGCUCGGGGGGAAGCUGGUUGGUUUGAUCCAGCUGUCCACGCUCCCCCCCUUCCCUCCUCUACUUGGCAUGCUGCUGGCCGGCCUGCUGCUGCGUAACGUCCCGUACGUCACGGACGCCGUUUACAUCGACACUCACUGGUCUGCAGCGCUGAGGAACAUCCUGACCCGAGCCGGACUGGGCCUGGACCCCUCGGCGUUGAGUCGCCUGAAGGCGGUGUGUGUGCGUCUGGCGGUCGGCCCCUGCGUGGUGGAGGCCUCUGUCGUGGCCGUGGUUUCUCACUUCCUGUUGGGGCUUCCCUGGGUGUGGGGCUUCAUCCUGGGGUAA